AUGACGCCCUACACCCCGGUUGCCAUUCAAAAGACGAUGCCUGGCGCCGGUGCCAAGACGAUGAGUCAACCUUCUGGCUGCCCUCACGAGGAGGCCGGCCUCAUGCCCUUCGGCAACUUAGGCACCUCGGGGGACAUCACGAUCUCCAGUGGACGCUACCUCCUCUCCGCCUCUGCAACAAUCCGCUCGCUCACGAUCAACAGCGGAGCUGAACUCAUCAUCGGCGAUGUGGCAGGCGAUCUAUGUUCGAGGCAAGAGUUUCUGUCCAUGUUGGAGAUCACAUUCGAUUGGUGUUCUAACAUGACUGGCCCGUCAAGCUUCUCAUAUGCGGCCCACGCCACAGCACCCGCGGAACCGCUUGGUGUAGCGCCGAACAUGUUUGCACCAUCAGAGGCACACUACGAUUGGGAUCUGACGGCGGGAGGCCUGGUGGUAACCUUCACCGGCUCGGGCGACAUGUCUUCCAGGUCCACGAAUCCCUUGAACACCAAGGGCCUGACUGUGGGCGACGGUGGUAUCUUGGAGGUGUACGGAAAGCGCUACUGGCCUACCUGGACCCGCCUCUCUGCCAGUGCUCCACCGGGUGCAACUCAAUUGUCGCUGGCGGACCAGGUCGACUGGAUGGUCGGGCAGAAGGUGGUGCUGACGACCACCUCGUACAUCGAUGACGAUCCGAACGACCACCAGAACGAGGUCCGGGAGAUCGCGGCGGUGAGCGGCAACCAGAUCACCCUGACUCAGGGCCUUCAGUUUGGGCACUACGGCGGGCCGGAGUAUGCUGCAGAAGUUGCGCUGCUGUCGCGGACCAUCACCUUCCAAGGAGAUGCUGCCAGCGAAAGCACCCGCUACGGCGGCCACAUCAUGUGCAUGCCUGGGUCUCAGUGCCGCGUCGCUGGGGCCAUGGCCUAUCGGAUGGGCCAGGAGAACAAGAUGGGCCGGUACCCCUUCCACUUCCACGUCAUGGGCCGAGUGAACGGGGAGUCCUUCUUCGAAGACAGCCUCGUCCAGCACAGCUUUUUCCGCGCCUUCACGGUGCACGGCACGUCGAGCUCGAGAGUGUCCCGCAAUGUGGCUUACGACAUUUCGGGAAGCGCCUACUAUCUUGAAGAUGGCAUUGAAGAGGACAACCUCUUCGAGUUCAACCUCGCGGCUUUCAUCCUCAUCAUCGACAAGCUCAACGACUACGGGGGCGGUGGCCAGGGCGGAGUGAGGAUCAACACGCAGCCGAGCCGCCUCGUCCCCACCGAUGCCACAGCUGUCGGGUUCUACUGCACCAAUGCAAAGAACAGAUGGAUUGGAAACUCUGCGAGCGGUGGCUUUGCUGGCUUUCACUUUCCUCGUGUGCCCUACGUCCUUGGCGACACCUAUGCGCAGAACCAGGACUACCGCCCGGACGAGAAAGAGUUAGGCGAGUUUGACUCGAACACUGCGCACUCAUCAGGGCGGCUAUGGAGCCGUGGCGGCUGCAUGUAUGUCGGCGGCGAGCUCUGGGAGGACAACAAAGGCUCCCAUGAGUACCGCUACAACAGCGGCCGGACAACAACGAGGAAGGAGGGCCGCUUCAUUUGGACCAACACCAAGGUGUUCGCUUGCCGGAAGGGCGUCCUUUUCUGGGGUGCCGGCGGCCGCUGGCCGAAUCUGGGCUUGGAAGGCUUCGAGGCGCACGACAUCUCUCGCGCGGUCACCAUGCUAGGUGACAACUACAUGUAUAACUCGGUGGUCAGUGCGCACACGGGCAACACCUUCGCCACGGACCUGCCCAGCGUCACUGACGGCUUCGAGCUGUACGACACCGGCAUGCAGACCAUCCUCUCACAGGUGACAUGGCGAAACUUCGACCGACCUGGGGAUGUGGCCAUCAUGGACAUGACUCACAGCAACAUCUUCAAGCCUGCAGGAAUGUUUGACACGCGGGCCCAAUACUUCGAGGGAACCCCGUUUGCACAACGCCUGCGUCAUGUCGAACGAUACGCGUGCACAUCGUUCCAUCAGGACACCUGCAAGAACCGGUGCGACUUCUGCCCAGGGACAGCUGGAUCUUCGCAGGUUGCCAACAUGCUGGAUACGGACGGGACCUUGGUCGGUUGGAAUGAGCCCGCCAUCAUCGGUGCCGAUGACGAGGACUCAGAAACCAACUACCGCACAAAUGACUGGUGGCGCAUCGAUGACAGCUGCGAGCGGAAUCUCGACUGGGGCUUCUGGAUCUGCCCCACGAAAGGCCACCGGGCGAUCGCGAGCCUGUUCUUCAUGAAGGGCCUCCAGGACAGGUAUCCGGACCGCACGGACUCCAACACCGCCGUGGGCAAGGUUUACCACUUCGGCCAUGAAGAUCGCCACGUCGACUUGGGCUUGGCCGAGAGCCCCAUGGUCACUGGGCCCUGCUGCGAUGUCGGGUGGUUCGUGGCCUUGGACAACGGUGCAGAGCCUCAGCUCACCAUCACCAUGGACCAGAUCCCCCCACAAGGCUUGGUGGUCGCCACGGCCUAUCCCAUGGGUGCCUCCAUCACCGUCCAGCGUUGCAUGCCGAAUUGCGCCAACAUGCCAAGAGGUUCUUCCUUGCAGGAAGUGCUGGACUCCACGGACGGAAACGUGUUCUUCGUGGACGGCUUGGGCCGACUCUUCCUGAAGUUCGUCUAUGCCGACAAUGGCUACUUUGAUUUCGUGGGUGUCAAGCAGUUGCUGAAUUCUCACCGAUACUACGCCGGCAAGGGCCUUCGCUACAAGAUCUCGAGCAGCCGGUCGGGAAGUGUUGGUGCGCUCCAGCUGCCUGCGCCGCUGGAUGGAAGCACCAUCUCGACCACGCCCUUCCAAUCGACGACCGAGUGGUCCCGCACGACUGAAGUCCCGACAACUUCCAGAGAUGUGAGUGGCUGCAGCGACGAUUGGGGAGGCUGCAAGACGAGCCUUUGCUGCAAGUCCAAUGGCUGGACAUGCUACGAGAAGGACCAGUACUAUGCGCAGCAGCGGCGCAUGGCAGAGCGGAGAGAGGUGAGAGGCGUUGACGUUGUCAAAGACUUGCAACUCGAGAGCGGGGAGGUAGAGCUGCGCAGCUACCCCUGCGACUACAACAACAACGACUGUUGCAGUGACGACCACAACAACGAUGACGGCUGGGCCCUCGGAGCUGCGCCGGGGAGCUUCGUUCCGGUGGAUGGAGGUGAGAAUGUGGUCUGCCGCGGCGCCAACUCCAACGACAAUGACGCGAGCUACUACAUCUUUCACAAUGGCGUUGACUCGAUCGAUGAGUGCAAGCAGCUGUGCAUCGGUACCGACGGCUGCAAGGGCAUUGAGUAUGGCUCUCGCAAGUGCGAAGUCUGGAUCCGCGCCAGCGGCAUCGGCGCCACGAAGGCUCUCUCAGGCUACACCUGCCUUCGUUAUACAGGCCCUGUCACCACAACAGCAACAACGACCACAACGACUACGACUACGACCACGACCACAACGACCACGACCACAACGACUACGACCACAACGACUACGACCACGACGACCACAACGAGCACGACGACCACAACGACGACAGCGAUGACGACGACGACCACAACAGCUCCUGGCUCUUCGCACACCUUUCGCCCCGUGGACGGAGGGCAGAACCGCGCCUGCCGCGGUGCCUCCCCGGGCGACAAUUCGGCGAGCUAUUUUCAGGUCAGCCAUGAUGCAACUCUGGAGGGCUGCCAGUCGCAGUGCAUGGCAACCGACGGUUGCACGGGUAUCGAAUAUCACGUGCGCGGCCGCUGCGAGAUCUGGACGCGGCCGGAGGGAAUCCAUGCCUCCAUCUCGCUCGUGAACUACACCUGCCUUAGCUACAGCAUGCCCACUCCUCAGGGCAUCUUUGAGGCCGUCGACGGGGGCGAGGGCCGUGUCUGCCGGGGCGCCCAUCCCAACGACAACCGGGCCAGCUACUUCACUGUCGAACAGGCCAGCUCUUUGGAAGGAUGCAAGUUCAAGUGCAUGGAGGCAGAAGUCUGUCAGGGCCUCGAGUACCACACCGGGGGCCGCUGCGAGAUUUGGACCCGUGCAGAGGGCAUCGAGGCCUCCCGGGAGGCAUCCGGGUAUGUCUGCCUCCGCUACCUGGGGGCGGAGGCCUAG